UGAUUGAGUAGCCCCAGGGCUUUGGUUCACUGGUAAGGACACAAUACGUGAUGUGGCGUAUCUAGCAUUAUAGGUUGGGGUUGAAUUGAAUACAUAACUUUCAACGCGGAGUAUAAUUUUAUGUGUAAAAAGUUACUGAAAUUGUAAUAAAUAGUGGAUAUGAACCCAUAACUUUAAAAAUAUAACGAAUUCAAUGCUAAGAAUCUUAAUAUUGAACCCAUAGAAUUUAAAUCUUGAAUCCGCCUCUGGACUGAUGUGUGGUUUAGGUGCAUGUAUGGGUUCAAAUCUGCUGCAGAAAUAACCUGGAUAAGUUGGGAGAAGGGCGGCCCAUGCUUUCCACAGUUUUGAUCCUGUGCGUUAACUGGAGUUGGACCAGAAGCGAAUAGGGAAUUUCUUCAUUAUAAGAAAAAAAGAAUUGAUUGAGUAUUGAGAUGAAAUGGACUCAGAAUAGAGCGAAAUGGAGAUAAAUUUUUUCCAACAUUCAUUAAGUCAUGUCAUUAAAAGAAAUGAAUCAAUUGAAUAUAAGUUACAACUUACAACUGUACGUUACAGUGUAGCUCUAAAUUAACUAAUAAGAGGACAUUUGCUGUAAGUGCAUGAACGUACCAGAACCUCAAUUGGAGCUUUUUCAUAAAUUUAUAUGCUUGAUUUGCAGGAUUAUGGGCACGCAGUCUGACAGUUGAGGACUAUCAAGCCCUUCUAGAUAGAGGAUGGAGAAGAUCCGGCUGUUUCUUAUACAAACCUGAGAUGGAAAAGACAUGCUGUCCAUCUUACACCAUCCGUCUCAAAUCAAGUGAUUUUGUUCCUUCCAAGGAACAACGUCGAGUACUGAAACGAAUGCAGAGGUUUCUGGAUGGCACAUUAGAUAAAAGAUCAGAUGACUUAAUGGAUGCAACAGAUUCUUCAGGCGAUUCACAAACCACUACCUCCGGUCAAAGACGAAGCUUUGCAGCAACGAAGUCCUUGACAGGUAACCUUGAAGAAAAGUACAAAACUGAAUCUUUGAUCCCCCAUAUGGAAAGUCAGAUAGAUAAAGCAGUACAUGCGUGCAUUGGAAGUGGGGAUCUUUCUUCUGAUUUUCAGUUUCCAAGAGCCUCUGUAAAAAAGGUUGCACCUGCGAAAAGAAAGUUAUCCACUGAAGGGUCAGAGGAUCUGUUAUUUACCAGCAGCAUCUCAUUCCAGAUUGCAGCUACUUUAAGGCGACAAAGAAAAGAUGUUGAGCAUGAAAAAUCAUCAGAAUUGGGGGCUGGGGAAAGGGGGCAAGCUGCUGAUACUCCAAAAGUGAUUGCUGAAAAACUAGGUAGCCAUCUAAACAGUCUAGCAGAAUCAUUGGGCUUAUUAGUUAGAGCUUGCAAUGGACAUUUAAACUUCUACUCUUCCGAAAGACGAGUUGACAAAGAUGCCGUAGUCAGAAACCAGAAUGAGUCUAAGCAAUCCUCAUCAAGAAGCUGUAGUAAAGAGAGCUUCUCAUCAACAGCACACGAAAACCCCGAGCUCAAAAGGAGGACAUUUGAGGUUCGUCUUAAAAGGGCUAGUUUUGAUCCGGAAGAAUAUUCCUUGUAUAGGAGGUACCAGAUUAGUGUGCACAAUGAUUCUCCUGAUGAAGUCGCUGAGAGCUCAUACAGGAGAUUUUUGGUUGAUACACCCUUAAUAUUUGUUCCACCGUCAUCGGGGAACCUUACGGUUCCCCCUUGUGGCUUUGGUUCUUUCCAUCAGCAGUAUCUGAUUGAUGGACGGCUAGUUGCAGUUGGUGUCAUAGAUAUUCUCCCCAAGUGUUUGUCGAGUAAAUAUUUAUUCUGGGAUCCAGAUUUUGCCUUCUUAUCAUUGGGUAAGUAUUCGGCCCUACAAGAAAUAAGGUGGGUUACACAGAAUCAAGUACAUUGUCCAAGUCUCCAGUACUAUUAUCUGGGUUACUACAUUCACUCCUGCAGCAAAAUGAGAUACAAAGCAGCAUACCGGCCUUCUGAGCUUCUCUGCCCGUUGCGUUAUCAGUGGGUUCCAUUUGAUGUUGCCAAGCCACUGCUUGACAGGAAACGGUACAUAGUUUUAUCUGAUUUUGCCGCACAAAAUGGAGAGCCUCUUCUGCUGAGUACCCUUGAAAAUUAUGAGGAGCAAAUGGAUGAACAGAACUUUCACGGAUCAAAUGAUAUUUUUUUUGGUGAGGAUGAGGAAAUGGAUGAAUUUAAUUAUGAAGAUUCAGAUGAUGAAUUGGUCGCUGAGAGCAGUGACAUCAAACUGCCCAAAGUAGAAGAUACAGAUGUUGGUAGCAUUUUGAUUGGGUUGAAGGAAGUUCGUCUGAGAUACAAAGAUUUGAGGCAAGCUUUUGGUUCCAGUGAAAGGCGGUACAUGGAGACACAACUGCAGAGAUAUAUGAGGGCUGUUGGUGCGGAGCUCUCUGAACGAAUGGUUUAUUCAUUAAGCUGACUCUGCAAUGAGUCCAAAAAGUUGUUCUCGUUGGGAAUAUCAUGUCCUCGAGUUGACGGUAGAGCUAGGCAGCGUGGGAAAGCCGCCAGAAGUUUGUUCUUCAACAGUGUAUUCGUUGGUGUGUUUGGGGAUGCAAACUAGAGGAGAAUUACUUUUAACUGUUAAAUUAGGCUGCAUUGUGCAUUUACCAAUUACCAUAACAUAGGGACUUUCAGUUGGUACAUUGCUGCUCUGCUAGUCGAUGUGGUACAAACAAGGAUCAGAUUGGGGUGGAGCUACUCAAUAUGGUACUUGCUUGAAAAUCUUCCAAGGAUCAUGUGGCUUUCUUUACCUCUCGUCCAUGUAUAAAAUAAAAGCAGCACCUUCUUCAUCUAGCAUCCUUGCAUUGCAAAUAAUUUUAAUAGUAGGUUCAUGAAAUUGUUUGACAAAAAACUCUUGGGUGAUUGACCAGUUGGUGGGUUGAACAAAGAAUAUCUUUUCAGCUAUGGACACAAUGGUUUACGCCUU